CACCGAGGCGCGGAGGGAGGGAAGCAGCUGCGUUCGGGAGCAGAGUAGAGUGUGUCGUCGCAGUAAAAACAGGGGAGGGGAGGGAGACGCAGCACAUGCUUUAAGUCUCACCCCCACCGCCCCAGAUCUCCGCCCUCCCACUCCCCAUCGCCCGGUGCCCCCGCGGCCGCCGCCGUCCGGAGCGAGAUCGGCGGAUACACAGGCGCGGCUGUAUCUGUCGGUGGGAGACUGCGUGUCGGUGAGGCGGGUGGGAGGAAGGAUGGCGGCGGGCGGCAGAUCCGUCGCUUGCUGCGCUGCGGUGCUGCUCGUGGCCGCGCUGCUGCUCUCCGCACCGGCCACCACAGAGGCUUAUGAUUCUCUGGAUCCAACCGGUAACAUCACUAUAAAAUGGGAUAUUAUGCAGUGGACUCCUGAUGGAUAUGUCGCUGUUGUCACAAUGUUCAACUACCAACAAUUCCGGCACAUCGGGGCACCUGGGUGGCAGCUGGGGUGGACAUGGGCAAAGAAGGAGGUCAUAUGGUCCAUGGUUGGGGCACAAACCACCGAACAGGGUGACUGUUCAAAAUUCAAGGGCGGUGUUCCCCACUGCUGCAAGAGAGAUCCAACAAUUGUUGAUUUACUUCCAGGCACUCCAUACAACAUGCAAAUUGCCAAUUGCUGCAAGGCAGGAGUUAUAAACACCUUUAAUCAGGACCCAGCAAAUGCUGCUUCCUCCUUCCAGAUUAGUGUAGGUCUUGCUGGGACUACCAAUAAGACGGUUAAGGUGCCGAAGAACUUUACUCUUAAGACUCCAGGUCCGGGGUACACAUGUGGGCGUGCUAUUGUUGGCAGGCCUACCAAAUUUUUCACCGAUGAUGGGCGCAGAGCAACCCAAGCUCUAAUGACAUGGAAUGUGACCUGCACGUAUUCCCAAUUUCUUGCUCAGAAGACUCCAUCCUGCUGUGUAUCUCUUUCAUCGUUUUAUAACGACACAAUUGUGAACUGCCCAACAUGCUCUUGUGGCUGCCAAAACCCAAAUGGGACAAACUGUGUGAAUGAGAAUUCACCUUAUCUACAAUCUGCAAUUGAUGGCCCUGGCAAAUGGACUGGCCAGCCUCUUGUCCAAUGCACUUCCCACAUGUGCCCUAUAAAAAUACACUGGCAUGUGAAGCUCAACUACAAGGAAUACUGGAGAGUGAAAAUCACUAUCACAAACUUCAACUUCCGCAUGAAUUACACACAGUGGAACUUAGUCGUUCAGCAUCCAAACUUCGAUAAUAUCACUACGCUCUUUAGCUUCAACUACAGACCACUUACCCCAUAUGGGGGUGGCAUAAAUGAUACAGCGAUGUUCUGGGGUGUAAAAUUCUACAAUGAUUUACUCAUGCAAGCUGGUAAACUUGGGAAUGUGCAAUCAGAACUGCUUCUCCGUAAGGACUCCCAGAUGUUCACCUUCGAUAAGGGAUGGGCCUUCCCACGCCGAGUGUACUUCAAUGGUGAUAACUGUGUCAUGCCACCUCCCGAUGCAUAUCCAUGGUUGCCCAAUGCAAGCCCCCUGACAAAACAACCAUUGACACUACCACUUUUGGUAUUCUGGGUUGUGUUGGCAACUUUGUUGGCUUAUGCAUGAUGAAUGGGAUCAAGCGAUUUAGCGAGCUUCACCUUUAUGUCAGAUUCCAUGAGGUGCACUGCAACAAGUCAUUUGUUCAUUCAAUUCCACGGUUGCACAGAAGAGAGAGAAGAGAUGGCGCACCACGCAGAGAAAAGUUGAUAUGUGUGUGUUUUGUAAGUUAAAAGGGCCAAAAUGUAUUUCUUGUUUGGUA